AUGGAUGGAUUACAGCCGAAAACGCUUCGAGUUAUGAGGAUUCUCGUCGUGCUGGCAGCCGUACUUGUCGUCGGGAUUCACUCCUCCUCAUCAGACGUAACGAUGAACGAUGAAAUGCCUGCGGCUCGCGUGAAGCGUUAUGUGAACUUCAAUCUUCUCAAGCCGUACUUUUCUCCGAUGAGGGACGAGCAAUUCGAGAGACCUAUCAUUCUGGAAACAAGAGAUGCACGAAAUAAGCUCGAUUGUAUUCUCAACCUACGAAGCUUUGAACUUUGCCGUGGACGACUAUGA